AUGUGUCCAAAUGUUCAUUUUCCACAUGAACAGUAAACAACAAUUUUGAGGAUGGACCAGUCGCUACUAAUUAAUAAAUAACAACUUAAACGUAAUAAUGAAUAUUCUAAAUAUAUAUAUAACACAUUGGAAAUGAUUCUUCAAACCCACAUUCACAACAAGUCACCAUUUGCUUCACAGGAUAGAAAAUUGCAAAGGAACUGCAACAAUCAUCUCUAAGCAAACACACCAUUAGUGGCUCAGUUAAAAUAAAACCCUGACUCUCCAUGACACUUUAUUUUGAAAUCCGGAUUCAGCUUCUCUGAAGGUAGGACUGGGGCUUGACCAAUGAGCGCGGGCUUCAUUACAGCUUUAAUGUGUCCCAGCUGUUCGGAGAAGUCCCGCUUGUUGGUGAUCGUUUGUAGAAAAUGAAGAAAACGUGAAACGGCGUCAGAAACGUGCAGGAAACCGAUGAUUCCUGACGAGAGAGAGAAUUUAAAGCUUCUGACAGUUUGUCUGCAGCACGUGAAGAAUCAUGUUUGUUUCAGGACAUCCGGAGCAGGACGAGUAAAAACACACAACACUUUGAGCUUUGCAGAGUCGAGCGACAGCAACAGUUCAACAAUUCUUCUGGUGUAUUCAGAGGACUGGAGGUUUGGCCUCUGCAGGAAUGUGACUAUCUGACUCCUGUCAGUGAGUGAAUUGUUUGUCUGUGCCUGAAGCUGCGACUUGACUCAUUCCUGUAUCUGUGUGCAGUUUGCAUUCUCAUUUUCCUGAAGCUUUAUCUGUUCAGUGCGUAACCACCUCUCGGCUCAGGCGGGACAGGAGAGCAGCCUGCAGAGUACCUGAAGAUGACGUCCAGGAGAGCCGGCCCCCCCGAUGGCGGCUACGGCUGGGUGGUGGUCACCUCCGCCUUCUUCAUCAUGGGCCUCACUGCCGCUGUCCUCAAGAACUUCGGCGUCUUCUUCCUGGAGAUCCAGAGGCACUUCGGCGUCCUGAGCAGCACGGCCUCCUGGGUCACCUCCACCACCAUCGCCAUGUUUCACCUCGGAGCCCCAGUAGCCAGUGUGCUGACCUUGAGGUUUUCUCAGAGGGCGGUCAUCAUAGUCGGGGGUCUGCUGACGGCCUCUGGGAUGAUGCUGGCGUCUCUCGACCUUGGUCUUCCCUGGCUUUAUCUCACCAUGGGCGUCCUGCAAGGAACGGGCAUUUCCUUCUCGUGGAUUCCUGCCAACAGCAUAGUGAACCACUACUUCGUACGAUGGCGUCCUAUCGCCUACGCCGUGGCCAGCUCAGGGGAGUGCGUCUUCGCCGUCAUCUUCAGCCCCUUCUUCCACUGGCUCAUCGAGAUGUACAGCUGGCAGGGCGCCCUGCUCAUUGUUGGAGGACUUCAGCUCAACCUGUGUGUCUGCGGCGCCCUCAUGAGGCCUCUGGAGACGACUCAGGGCUCGAGCCAAGAAACCAAGACGGUCCAGAAGGACAUGCUAAGACAGUGCUCGCUGCUGAGAAACCCUGAACUUAUCCUCUACAUCCUGUUUGCCAUCUUUGCAGCGGCAGGUUUUUUCAUCCCACCUCUCUUUCUAGUGCCCUUCGCCAGCAGCGUGGGGAUGGAUGAGUACUGGCCCGCCUCGCUCCUCUCGGUCCUGGCGCUGGCGGACCUGGCUGGAAGGCUGAUCUGUGGGUGGGUCGCCAACAUGAGGCUGAUUAGGAACCUGCAGCUGCUCACCAUGGUGGUCACUCUCGUCGGGGUCAUGCUCCUGCUGCUGCCGAUCAGCCACAACUACUGGGCCAUCGUGUGCUUCACCUCGCUCUACGGCUUCCUGUUCGGCUGCGUGGUGGCCAUUCACGUCACCGCCAUCGUGGACAUUGUUACCCUGGAGGGAUUCGACAGCGGCCUGGGGAUGUUGAUGCUUUUCAGGAGCAUCGGCGGCUUCAUGGGUCCACCGGCUGCAGGCUGGCUGGUGGAUGAGACCAAUGACUACAGCGCUGCCUUCUACCUCUCGGGCCUGUGCCUCAUUUCGUCGGCAGUGUUUGUCGUCCUCGUCGACCUCCUGGUUCAGAGGAGAAAAGCCGCCGAGGCUGAAGUGCAUCAGGCGGACGGUCAGCUGGAGAGCUGGGACGCAGAAAAGGUCAAGUGAGAGUUUUAAAGAAUUCUAACAUGAGACACUUUCACAGGAAUGAGCUUGAAGCGUCUUCAGGAACAGACGCUGCAAAGAGAAUCCUGUUGUUCUCACAGCUCCGGCUUUUUUAUAGCACACUUUGUUUUUAAGUAAUAUAAAUUGUAGCCGUGAGAUGUUGAUGUUCCAACGUUCUUUUUCACUGGGACGACUUCAGCUCACAGGAAAGGAAUCACAGAUCAGGUUGAAUUAAUCGAAAGCGGGAUCAUAAAGAUUAGUCUUGAACAGAUGGACUGAGCUGUCUGUGCUGCUCAGCCGCGAGCUCCUUUUGUUUUUACUGAGGUCAAAUAUCCAAGAACAGGGUCGUGCAUGUUUAAAGUCUCUUAUUGCUUUAAAUUUACAAAGCACUGUUUUUAGCAAAUGCUGCUCAAACAGGAUCAUGGAUGACAAAUAUAUUUCAGUGGCUGUUUUUAAGUAAUGACUGUUACAGCGUGUGGUUUAUUUAUGCUUUUUUUUAAAUGUUUUUAAUAGUUGAACAGUGGAGCUGUGACUCAGAGGAAUCAUGUUUAUCAGUGUUAUUAAAAGUGACAAGAUUUUCCGUUUUGAUCUUUUCAUGGGACUUGUGAUAUUCUUCAUUUUUAAUAAUUACGUUCAUCAGCAGAACAGGUGUCCGAGUUAUCUAAGCUAAAUAUCUGUAUACGAUCUUAGGAAAAAGCUAAAGUAUUGUUAUUUUGUUUUAGCUGUGUAUGUCUCCUGUAGAUCAACAAGGCUGUAAACCACACGUGUGUCAGUGCAGCAGGGAGCCAGGACCUUUAAUCAAACUUUUUUUUUUCAGCUGCACAUAAACACCUCAGGUUUCUGUUGAUUUUCUGUUACUGGUGUUGGCACUUUGAACAAGAUUAAGAAUAUUAGGUCAUAAAAGCUUCAAUCAGUCGAACAGAAGCUUCGUGAUCUUUGAAGGAUCAAACCAGGUGUUGUCGUACGCACAAUUUUCCACAGUACCGUUUUCUUAACUGACACAAUUCAGUCUUAACGUUUAAAUGUUUGUUUCUGAUAUCAGACUAAGAAUUAAAUCUCUGCACUAAUGGUUUAAAACGUC